AUGGACCCGAAACAAAAAAAAGAUCGUUCAACAUCAAGGGAUAAAAAGAAGACAAAUAAAAAAUAAACACAAUAUAGUUAUGGAUAGCUGAAAUUUGGGGAAGUACAGAGUAAGUCCAAAAAAAUAUCAUUGAAAACCUUUUUUGGAAACCCUGAAUUUGAAAUCUUUUGUUUGAGAUUCGAUUUCGAGGAUCAACUCAUAGCAGCUGGUUGUUCGGAUGGAACAGUCAAGGUUUUUAACAUAGUGUUUGGGAAAUUGGCAUUCAAUUUGCAGGGAUCUUCAGAAGGAGCCAGUCCUACGACUGCAAUUAGAUGGAGGAGAGAUGUAGCCAAUAAAGCCAAAAGCGUGUUUUUAUCUGCGAAUUCUGAUGGCUCCCUCAUGAUGUGGCAGGCUCAAACUGGAAAGCAAUUAUUCAGAACAGUCGAAUAAGGCAAUCAACUAUUGGCCUUAGAUAUAAGAUCAGACGGAGAUCAAUUUGCCACUGCUGGCAAAGAUUUUAAAAUACGUGUUUAUGACGAUGAAAAGAAGGAAGUGAUCCACACUUUUGACAAGGCUGAUUACAAUCAACCUGGGCAUCAGAACAGAAUCUUUGCUCUCAAGUACUUAGAAGAAACACCCAACAUUCUACUCUCUGGUGGAUGGGAUGGCAAUCUCUUGAUAUGGGAUCUCAGAGAUCACAAAUCUAUCGGAACUAUCUAUGGUCCUAAUCUUUCUGGGGAUAGUUUAGAUUUUAGAAAUGGUUAAAUCUUGACGGGCUCUUAUAGAACAAACAACUAAAUGCAAUUGUGGGAUUUUGGUACCAGGUAACUAAUCUAAGAGAUACCAUGGGAUAAAAAUAAUACCAACAGUGAUUUCUAUGUCUAUUCUUGUCAAUUCAGUAAAAUAAAUGGAGACACCAUCUUGGCUGGUAGCAGUGGCCGAUAAGAAUUAAAGUUGUUCGAUAUUAAUAAUCAAUAUUAAACAUGCGGUUACAUCCAAGACUUAUAAGAAGGAGUCUACUGUGUAGAUUACGGAAAUAAGAGUAACAAAUUUGCUUUCGGUGGAGGAGAAGGUGUGGUCUACAUAUGUUCAUUGGCCAAUUCAAAGUGA